UCACAAGUUUUUUGGGAUCUACGACUGCGAGUUACAAACAGAACAUAAACACAAGCUCUUGAUUUAGAAGAAGAGGAAGAAUAAAGGAGAGCAACAACAUUCUAAUCUGAAUUCGUUUUCAGAUUUCUCAUAAUGGAUCUCAACCAGUCUCCUGGUGAAAAUUAUGCCAACCCAAAAACAUGCUUCUUUCAUGUUCUCUUCAAGGCUGCAGCUUUGGCAUUUUACAUACUUUCUACCCUAUUUUUUGACAGCUUUGUCAUCAUUUUUGUGGUGACUGUUCUUCUUGCUGCUCUUGAUUUUUGGGUUGUCAAAAAUGUAAGUGGGCGUAUUUUAGUUGGUUUGAGGUGGUGGAAUGAAAUAAAUGAUGUUGGUGAGAGUGUAUGGAAAUUUGAAUGUCUUGACCAAGAGUCAAUGGCUCGUAUGAACAAGAAAGAUUCCUGGCUAUUCUGGUGGACUCUUUACCUUUCAAUGCUAAGAAGCAGAUUCAGCAAUUUGCCACCCAGACCAUUGCCACCCGUUUCACAUCCACCUUACAGUCAGCAUUCAGUGUUGUUUAAGUCAUUCGAUGUAGAAUGGGCGUAGCAUGAAGCUUGGUUAUGGAAGAGAUGUUGAAAAGAGAGGCGGCGUGUACAAAUUUGGCCAGCACUGAAUUGGCUUAUCAUUGAACUCAUAUGGGAAAACAAAUUAGUAGAUGUUUUGUAUUUGACCUUAUGGAUUUCUAAUAUUUGUAUAAUGGAAUUACAGGAAAAUUCGUUGAUAGAAUAAUAAGUUCUUUUUUGGUCUUGAAAAUUCCUGUUUUUGUCUCAAUCCUUUUUACUUGUUUAAAAAGGAAAUGUGAAUUUGAUGUGUCAUAGUAGCAAAAGAAAAUGUUCUCUUUGUAUUCAUUUUGGAAUAUGAUAUACCAUUGUAUAUGAAGAGGAAUGAUGCAAUUUUGAUACACUCGAUAUAUUGAGAAUUUGCAUCAAUUUAUCAAAAUAGCUUUUGGAUUUGUGCUAA